AUGCGGGAGCGAAAUUUUGGUCUGAACAAUGGGAAACCUAGAUCGCAAAUUCAUGAAUUUAUCGCCGAAACGAAAUCUAAUCACAUGGGGUGUCAAAUGUGGCGCAAUUGUCAGGGUGAAUGCAGCCAUCAGAUCUUCUGGAGAGCGCUCAAUUUCUUUUUUGACUUGUGCGAGUUUGCCGUGAAUCAACCCACCAAACCGACGCCUGAUUUCCCAUCUAUUGGAUCACUGGAAAAGAUCGCAGAUACCCCUCCAUUGCCAGUUCUGCUACCUCUUCGACAGCCACCAGUAUCUCAGGCCUUUGCUUCUUCGCCACACCACCUUAGAAAUGAACGCCUUUCUUCUUUUCCUGACGAUAUCUCCCAUGAGAACUUGGAUUAUGCUGGACACUUUGUCCUGGUAAGCCAUGGACAAUGGAUUCGCGAGUUCAAUCACAUUCUGUAUGCCCUCUCGGAGCGCAGCCUCGGUUUUCCCGCUCAGUGUCAGAUGAUAGCAGUACUGGAGAACUGCCAGUUCAACCAAUUUGGGGUUGUGGCUCACUGCAAGCAAUUGGCUGCACGAGCCACUCUCCUGCGAGCCGCAUUUGAGUCAGCCUUGGAGGCGGCGAAGAACUGUCGUUGCCACCCAUGUCCUUACAAACUCAGCCACCUUGCCGAUCGACUCCCCAUUGACGCCGUCUGUUACCACGCUCGUGUCGACGCCCACACGGUCAAAGGGCCCACAACCACCGCGCCUGCCGUGGAGACAGUGGAGGGGAAGCCUGUUGCCUCUGCAGGCUCUGGUACGGAAACCCUCUUCUUCGCUCGAGAAGACGAUGAAUAUGCUGGACUACCCAUGGCCAGGUAG